AUGGGCCGAGGGACGCGCCCUUACGUUGCCUCGUCUGACUCCAUGGUCUGUGCACACGGCCGGGUGCUGCAUGAACCCCUGGGCCUGCGCCAGGGACCCCACUGGGCACCCGUGCCCCCGGAGCAGCAGGGAGGGCUGGCGACCAGCCAGGCCUUGCGCGUCCAGGCACAGACGCUGUUGGACCUUCCUCAGGUAGGCGCCCCAGUCCCACAUCUGUGUUUCUCUUUCAGGCUGUGGGCUGCGCACUGCAGGAAGAUCCAGCUGAAGAAAGAUAAUUCACCUACCCAGGUGUACAACUACCAGCCCUGCGACCACCCCGACCACCCCUGCGACAGCUCCUGCCCCUGCAUCAUGACUCAGAAUUUCUGUGAAAAGUUCUGCCAGUGCAAUCCUGACUGUCAGAACCGCUUCCCGGGCUGCCGCUGUAAGACGCAGUGCAACACCAAGCAGUGCCCGUGCUACCUGGCCGUGCGGGAGUGCGACCCUGACCUGUGCCUGACCUGCGGGGCGUCGGAGCACUGGGAUUGCAAGGUGGUCUCCUGUAAGAACUGCAGCAUCCAGCGGGGCCUCAAAAAGCAUUUGCUGCUGGCUCCAUCAGAUGUCGCUGGCUGGGGGACAUUCAUCAAGGAAUCGGUGCAGAAGAAUGAAUUCAUCUCUGAAUAUUGUGGUGAGCUUAUUUCUCAGGACGAGGCCGACCGGCGUGGGAAGGUCUAUGACAAGUACAUGUCCAGCUUCCUCUUCAACCUCAACAACGAUUUCGUUGUUGAUGCCACCCGCAAAGGAAACAAAAUCCGCUUUGCCAACCACUCUGUGAACCCCAACUGCUAUGCCAAAGUGGUGAUGGUGAACGGAGACCACCGGAUAGGAAUCUUUGCCAAGAGGGCCAUCCAGGCUGGGGAGGAGCUCUUCUUUGAUUACAGGUACAGCCAGGCCGAUGCCCUGAAGUACGUGGGCAUAGAAAGGGAGACGGAUGUCAUCUAGCCCCCCGCGGGCACGGCCCCUGCUCCUGGCUGCCCCAAUGCCGUGUUCAUUCCAUGCUCCAUCAUUGCCCCUGUUCCCGUUGCUGUGUGUCCCGAGUGCUCCGCUCCACCCAGGCGCCUGGGAGCAAAGCCCAGGGCAGGAGCAGGAGCCAGACGCUGCCUGGGGUAGCAGGACCCUGGCUCGGUUCCGGGGCAGGUGGGUGCUGGCGCUCCUGGGCUGGGACGGCUCCAGAGACUGAGGCCGUUGGACUGGAAGGAAGAGGCUUGGCCAAGCAAUGCUCAGUCUGUUUGUAAACCUGCCCGAGCGACCAGCUGCAUCUGGAGCCAAGGGCCCUUGGAGCGACCCCCCUGCAUGCGGGGAGCGGGUGCUUGAUGUUGUUCUGCUCAUGCCGCAACCAUUGGAGGGAGCUUUUAUCCCUGGGGCAUCUGUGGCUACCUCUCGAUUUCCUUCCAUGCUGAAGUGCUGGGGCCUAGGCUGCUAGCACAUGGUCAGACCCCACGGAGGGUCAGUCCCGCCUCCCUGCAGCGUGGCUCUGGGGGCCCCGGGCGCUCCCGGCCGCCUGGCGAGAGGGGGGAGCCGCCCAGCACAGCGUGUGGAGGGGUCCCCGGGGCGAGGAGUUACGCUGGUGCCAGGAGGAGCCGAGUGUGUGUCUGUCGUGGGGUUGCCUUAGGAGCCAGAGGAAGGGG